ACAAUUCGUCUAUCGAAUUUUUGGUGCCUAUACGAUCUGAGAAUUAUAAGGACAAAGCUCUCUCUCUCUCUCUGUAAUGGUGCCUUGAUAUCAGUGCUCGUCGAUUUCUGUCCCAAUCCACGAUUUUCUCUCCCUCAAUGGCUGCUCCGUUUUUUUCAACGCCUUUCCAACCUUUUGUUUAUCAGAGUCCGCAAGAAGCUGUAACACCUUUUCAGAUUUUGGGUGGUGAGGCCCAGAUAGUUCAGAUUAUGUUGAAGCCGCAAGAAAAAGUUAUAGCGAGGCCUGGUUCCAUGUGCUACAUGUCUGGGUCCAUUGAAAUGGAAAAUGUUUUUGCUCCUGAAAUUGAAGCAGGCGUGUGGCAGUGGCUUUUCGGCAAGAGUGUGAGUAGCAUAGUUCUUUCCAAUGUUGGUUCAAGUGAUGGAUUUGUUGGAAUUGCUGCACCUUCUCUAGCAAGAAUUCUUCCGAUUGAUUUAGCAAUGCUCGGUGGUGAAAUGUUAUGCCAGCCAGAUGCAUUUCUUUGCUCCAUCAGCGAUGUGAAAGUCAGUAAUACAGUUGAUCAGAGGGUUCGUAAUGCCAUUGUUAGUGCAGAGGGAUUUUUGAGGCAGAAAAUAUCUGGCCAGGGGCUUGCAUUUGUUGUCGGGGGUGGUACCGUUGUACAGAAAAAUCUCGAGGUUGGUGAAGUACUUGCUGUAGACAUGUCGAGCAUUGUUGCCUUGUCCGCAACAGUCAAUGUACAAGUCAAAUAUAAUGGUCCAAUAAGAAGGGUGGUCUUUGGGGGUGACAAUCUAGUCACAGGCGUUUUGAAAGGACCGGGUAUUGUAUUCAUUCAGAGUAUGCCCUUUCAUCGGCUAUCUCAGCGUAUUGCCAGGUAAUGUCUUCUGGUGAAAAAUCAAUUAAACCAAAUUGAAUUUUGCUUUCAUGCACGGGGUAAGGUGGGUUGGGGACCAUGCCUUGUGGAUAUGACUCGUGCCCUAGCUUGCCUGGUUGCAUGGGGUAGGGUGAUUCAUGUGGUCCAUGGGAUUUUUCCCAGUUCUCAAAAACCUGGGUCGUUAUAUCCCCCCAACUCAAAAUAAACUCUCUCUAUCACAAAAUUAGUGAUUCUUUUUUGCAGGGCGGUUACAUCUCCGAACAUGAGGGAUAAUCCAAAGUUCUUCAUCCAGAUAGCGAUUUUCUUAUUUCUAGCUUAUGCCGUCAUCGUGUCAUCAUUAAUUUUGACUGAUUUAUAAUUUCUUCUUCUCCUUUUUUUUUUGGGACACUCUAUGGCUUAUCUUACCUCCGGUGUCUUUUCCAGUUGGUAUGUUCCCGAGUUUUUUUUUGAAUAUGGAUAUGUAGGGAGAUUAAUAGCAGAAACACAGGGUUUUACAUUAGUUCAUUGGAGGAAAUGUUAGUGGACUCGGCUUUGUAAAGACAAUUCAAGUAUUUACUUUAUGCAGGCCUCAAUGCAUAUGCGUUUCUGUGCAACUUCUUUAUUCCUUCUUGUUAACUUCAGAAAUUCAUAGAAAUUUUAAAAG